GCCUCUCCGCCUCCCGGCCAUAUCAACACUUCGCCCACUCAUCCCCCGGUCCUCCAUACUCCGACCACUAAGCACAAUGGCUACCCCUCCCCCCGACACCCGCCCCAUCGUCGUCUCCGGCCCUUCUGGCGUCGGCAAGGGAACCCUCUACGGCAUGCUCUUCGACCGCCACCCAGACACCUUCGCCCUGUCCGUCUCACACACCACGCGCGACCCUCGUCCCGGCGAGGAGCGCGGCGUCCACUACCACUACGUCACCAUGGAGGACUUUGAGGACCUCAUCGCAAAGGACGGCUUCGUCGAGCACGCAAAGUACGGCCGCAACCGCUACGGCACCAGCAAGAUGACCAUUGAGGAGCAGACCAAGAAGGGCAAGGUUGUCCUGCUGGACAUUGAGAUGGAGGGCGUCAAGCAAAUCAAAAACUCCGGCAUCUCGGCCCGCUACAUCUUCGUUUCCCCGCCAUCAAUUGAGACCCUGGAGAAGCGCCUGCGUGGCCGAGGCACUGAGACCGAGCAGAGCGUCCAGGAGAGACUGUCUCAGGCCCAGAAGGAGCUCGAGUUUUCCAAGACACCCGGCGUUCAUGACAUCAUUAUUGUCAAUGACGACCUCGAGGAGUCAUACAAGAAGUUGGAAGAGUUUGUUUACAAGUCUUAGGAGUAAACCCAAGAACUACACGAUACGAUUUCAUGGCAAAUACCCACCAAAAAGUCCCUUUCCUAUACAGUAUAGAUAAAGAGCGUCAUUUACAACAUUCCUAUUGCUGUUAGAAUAGCCGCAAGACGCAAGGUUCACGAAUCGAUUCACGACAUGGAGUCAAGCUUGGAAAUAUUAAAAUAGGAGAUAAAUGCAAAAUUAAUCAACAUAUCAUACUCUCUCUCUCUCUUUCCAUUCUGCCACUCUCUUCCUUAACAACUCAACUAACUGUAGGUAUAUUGAAAGUACAGGUAUGGGGAUCUGAUUAAAACGUAAGAAAAUGGUCAAGGAAGGCUCCGAUGGUACUACUAAAAACAAAAUAAAUGCGUAUUAAAAGACCGCAGACGAGAUGAUUCGGACCACUGAGCGUUUCACGAUGGGCAGAAUUCAUGCUGCCCUUAUAAACGUCGCAUGGUUGGUGAGAGCGCGCCCAGUCUCUUGUAAUGGCAUUCCGCCCCCCAGUGCUCUCGCCUUUGUGCGUUGCUUGAAGUGAAAACAAAGCGAAUAUUGAGUCGGAUUGCGGUGCAGAGAAAUCCGGUCCGCACAUCUCCAAAUAGAAAAUACACUGCUUUUUACCGCGCAUAACACCACCCACGAGGUGAGAAUAAUCGUAAGACUGGCUGGUCGUCGUUCCACCUAGAGAACGCCAUCACUCUACUGGCCAAACGUCAAGCACGAGCGAAAAUUUAGUAUCCGUUGAUGCCCAUUCGCUGGGAGCCUCGGCUCAUCUCACGAUCAGCAGCAGGGCUGAUCGGUCUGCUGGCGGCACCACCACCGUGUGCGCUGCUCUCCUUCAGUGCGAGCAGCUGCUUAGCACGGAAAGUCUCGUAGUGGAUCUGGGAGGUGGUCUCGAUAAGGUCCUGGAGGUGGGUUCGGAGCAAGAAGUUUCGCAGGUAGACGAAUUCGCAGUGGUUCUCGUCCUCAACGUUGAUCACACCCCAGCGGUUCUGGCGACCACGGACUUGCUUGCCAUUGACAAUAAUGUUGCUCUCAGAGCCAACAACCGCAAAAGGAACCAAGCU